AAUUGUUGCUCUUUGUUUAAGGCUGAGGUCCCAUUAGGUCCAGAACGUACGGGGCCACCCACAUAGUUUUGUGUGUCAGGACGGCGGAAGCUAAUAAGCUGUCAAGGAGGACUUGAACACACACACACACACACACACACACACAGGAUGCAGAGAAGAUGAUCUGCUGGCGAUGACGCGCUUGCUUUGUGGCGUGGAAAAUGGAUACGGGAUGAUGUCACGGCUGGUUGGGAAGGGUCAUUCCCGUUUCUUCUGGUGCUUGACCUCACCGUGGAUCUUUGGGGUUCAAACCUUCACUUUCAGCCUUUGCAGAGUACGCAUUGUUCUGCUGAUACUUGCUGUUGCUGCGUGAAAUAACAGCAAGUAAUGGGUUACUGAGGCCCGUCAAUGCAGUUUGUAUGAUAAUAAUUACAGGUGGCUAAUCAUUAGUGUUGUUAGUUACAACCGGAAAGGUAGUUGAGGUUAAAGUACCAUUAUGUGUGUGUGUGUGUUAUAAUUGGCAGUGGCUCUCGUGAUGAUGUUCUCCAGCCUCUCAUUCGAGGGAAUGAGGGAACUAUUUUUUUGUCCCCCUGGCAGUCAUGGGACAGGAAUUCUCCUGACUUUCCCCUUUAUACGGCACCCCUGGGCAAUUGCACUCAUCAUAAAUAAAUGUGUAAUUAAUCCGUGUGAUCGGUAUCGGCCGGUUUCACUCACGAAUGAUCGGUACUGGAAUCGGCAGCAUAAAACCCUGAACGGAGCAUCUGUCAAGCUUGAGCAGGAGGGGAAAGACAUUGAGCGGGGUACUUAACAUGCCAUCCGUCCGACACACAGCUGCAGAUGUCUGCUGGAGAAGUAAAGAGAGCGACAGCGUCAAGUUGAAAAAUUUGGGUCACCGCUUGUCAUUGCAGGAUGACGGUGAGUCCCGCAGCCGAUCCAGUUGAGAACCACUGUUGUAAAUGUAACGGAUGCCAGCCUGUAAGGCUGUGCGAGUGUACAUUGGUAAACCUCACUCCUCAAGAGCUGCGCUGAACACGCGGCCGACAGUCCGGGCUUUUAGUCGCGUGGUCAGCGCCCUCGCCUCCUAUUACAAAGGUCCGGUGUUCAAGCCCCGGUGCGGGCUGUGCGAAACAGGGCGGAUUACAUUGGUGCCGUGACCCGGAUGGUAGUGAGGUUUGAGAGGGUGAGUGUAACGGAUGCCAGCCUGUGAAGCUGUGCGAGUGUACGUUGGUAAACCUCACUCCCUCUGCCUCAGGAGCUGCGCUGAACACGCGGCUGACAGUCCGGGCUUUUAGUCGCGUGGUCAGCGCCCUCUCCUCCCAGUACGAAGGUCCCGUGUUCAAGCCCUAGUGCGGGCAGUGCGAAACAGGGCGGGUUACAUAAAGAACUCAGGAAAAACACAAGUUUUUGUUCCACAGCCAGGUGGAAAGUGAAUGGAGUGAGGUUUAACUGUUAAAACGUGCAGGAGUGACUGCCAAUAAACUGCUUUGACUUGUUGACAUGAUCGCAUUUCUCAACAACAAUCAGGAAGCUGGACUUGCUUAAUGCUUCUGCUUUUUUGUUGUUUAGAGACAAGGCAGUCGGGUCAUUUUCACCAGUCUUCACCUCCACUUGUAACCAAAAGGUGGCAGCAUUGUGCAACAUUACAGGAAACAUGUUUUUUUUCUUUAUGUCCUGCACAGAUGACAUGUCCAUCUCAGGAUUCAAGGCCGCUGUCAGCCAUAGACAUACCUGUAGAUCGACCCCCCAUCGAGUGGGUUUGUCCACAUGUCGCAACCACGAACAAGCCAGCACAGACGUCAGCUCCCCGUCAGAUGUUGCGGGACCGCCUGGAGUCUCAAUCGGCCCACUCGCCGCUGGCGGAGCGCAACGCCUUCCUGCAGCAGCGUCUGCACGGGUACUGGGCGAGCCUCCUGAUGUCCAUGCUGCGACCUGCAACCUGACCACUUUCCUGGAGGACGACACGGCGCCGCAGGUGCUGCCCAUGGAGAUCAGCGUCGUGGACUUGAAGGGCGACGGGCUGCGCUACAGCCCCUCCGACUUUGAGCCGUCGCCCAUCAGGGUGCACGUGGACACGCUGGUCAUACACAGAAGAGACGACGGCGCCUUCUCCAUCUCCGGAGCGGAGGCCCGGCGCCGGAGCCAGAGCGAAGACAGCGUUCUGUGUUCGGUUCCUGCGGAUGCUGAUGUGAAGCAGAUGCAGAUCCAAGCGCCGUCCGCUAGCCCUCAUCCAUCUACUCGUGAAAACAUGCUAAUGGAGGAGAACGACUGCUUGAAAGUGGCGUUAUCUUGGGCCAAAAUGGCGCUGGCCGAAGUUCAGCUGGAAAGAGAGGCGCUGCGCCACCAAAUGAAGACCUUCAAGGUCACAAACACCAGCUAGCCACUGAGGUGCUGGGAC